UGACCUGUAGUCUCGAGUGUGUGCUCCCAGAAUUCUUCGUGUUGUCCUUGCCGCAUUGUAAAGAGAAAGAAAAGCUUCAGUCAUACCUUGUCCACUAUGCGUCUCAGUAACCUCAGUGUUCUUUCGCUGGCACUCUUGCCUCUAUCUCAAGCCUCUGCCUUACAUCGUCCGCGCACUGGCCGCCAGAUUGGUUGCAACGCAGAGCCGUCGACCGAAGAACUCGCAGCCAUCCAAGCACUUGCCGAUGCCGACUCAAACGGCACAUUCGUCUCCGAUUCCCUUUCUACCCGCGCCACCAUCUCCGUCAAGGUCUACUUCCACGCGCUGGUCAACACCUCCGUCUCCGGCACGUACCCCUCGGACGCCCUCUUCCAGUCCCAGCUCAAGGUCAUGAACACGGCCUACGCGGCUUCUGGCGUGCAGUUCGUCCUCGCCGGCUCCGACCGCAUCAAGGACAAUACCCUGGCCACCGGCGACGGUAUUUUCCCCAACUGGAAUGCCGGCGCCUCGAUCCAGAACUACCUGAAGCAGUACCGGUCCGCCAAGUACGCGGAUCUCAACCUCUUCUUCUACAGUAACCCGCCUGCGGACACCCUGGGCCAGUGCACGUUCCCUCUGGCUACUGUCCCGGCGAGUACUUCGCUGGAUUUCGCCAAGGAUGGGUGUCAUCUGUUUACUGGGACUAUGCCCGGGCAAGAGAUGACUAAUUACAACCUGGGCAUGUCUGCCGUUCAUGAGACGGGGCAUUGGCUUAGCUUGCUUCACCCUUUCACCGGCUACAGCUGUGCUACCAGCAACCAGGGCGACAUGAUUGCAGACACACCACAGGAAAGCACAGAAAGUUAUGGGUGCGAUACUGGCAAGGAUAGCUGUCCUACUAUUACCGGAGUUGAUCCUAUUCACAACUACAUGGACUAUUCUGAUGAUUCAUGUUAUACUUCGUUCACGGCCGGUCAGGCGACGAGGAUGGCUAAUGCUUGGACUUCCUACCGAUCAGGGAAAUGAACAAUUUUGACGAUGGAUUUCGGUUGUGGUUCGUAUUGUUAGUCUAUCGACAGACAGUCUUAGCGCUAGGGCACGCUGCGACCUAUGAUGGAACAGAAACAGC